CUAUCCUGGCCUCCUCGGUUGUCAGUCUUUAUUUUCUGGAGCUGACCGAUAUUUUCCAGCCAGUACAUUCUGGGUACAGUUGUAAUGAUCGUAGCCUCUCCUUGCCCUACAUCCUGCCCCGACAAGAAGUCUGCCCACUCCCUUUGCUCUUCAGCUUGGCCUUUGCUGCUCCAACAGUCACAAUCUUGAUAGGAGAAGCUAUCCUAUACUGCUAUCUGUCCAGGAGGUCAUCAACUACUCAGACUGAGGCCAACAUCAGUGCUGCAGGCUGUAAUUUUAACUCCUACAUCCGUCGAGCUGUCCGCUUUAUAGGCGUCCAUAUCUUUGGCCUGUGUGUGACAGCGCUUAUUACGAACAUCCUUCAACUAUCCACUGGACAACAUACCCCCUACUGGUUGGAUGUAUGCAAACCCAAUUUGACCCACAUCAACAUGUCCAGUUGUGAUGAAGCUUUUAUUCUGGAGGAUAUUUGUUCUGGACCAGACCCAGGACUCAUCAACAAUGGGAGAAAGUCUUUCCCAUCCCAACAUGCUACACUGGCUGCCUUUGCUGCUGUCUACAUCUCUAUGUACUUUAACACAGUGCUGACAGACUCAGCGAAGCUGCUGAAGCCUUUGCUGGUCUUUUCUUUUGUCAUGCUGGCCAUCCUGGCUGGAUUAACCCGGAUCAUUCAGUUUAGAAACCACCCCGUGGAUGUUUACUGUGGCUGGUUAUUGGGAGCUGCCAUCGCUGUUUAUCUGGGUGUAUAUGCAGUAAGCAACUUCAAGCCAAGUGAAGACCGCUCCAGAAGUCGACUGAAUCUACUCCUCCUUAAAGAGCCACAACUUACUUCCCUCCCAAAUGUCAGCCAAUCCGCAGUUAAAAACAGCCAUCAAGCAGAAGACUGUCAGCAUGAGAUAAUCUCCCAUGACUAG